UUUGCAGUGGCGUAUGAAGAAUGUCUACUAUCCAACCCUUCAUAAUGAGGACGAGAAACAACAGCAAUAUAAACAUUGUACACAACAUGGAGUUCAUGAAUCAAAACGUUUUCAAAAACCUUCGAUGCGAGAAAUCAAACAAGCACAAAAAUUUAAUGUAAUGAAUCAAGAAACGUUUAAAUCGUACUUAAAAAAUUUCUAUACCUCAAAUCAAAUGUUAUUUAAACAAAAUACGAAAUCAAAUCAUGAACAGCAAGUUGAUGAACAAGAACAUACAAAUUCACUGGACAGCAUUGAUAAAAAAAAAGAUGAUCAACCAUAUUUAAAUCUUGGUGAAUUUAUACGUCAAAAAGUUAAAGGAAUAAUUGAAAAUUACCAAAAGUUACAGCGAUUUUCUCCUCAAACACGACGUCAAACUAUAAGCGAUAACAACGAAACAGAAUACGAAUCGGAUACAUAUAAAAAUAAAAUACGUUUUCAUCUACAAAAUCAAGAAGAAAUGCCAUCAUCUGAUUCAACAUUAUUUCAUGGGCAUGAUGUAUCAAUGGUUACCCUUGUUAGUAGUGAAUUAGAUGUGAACGUCAAAAAACCUGCAUCACUUCACGAAGUUACACCAAAAUACGAAAAACAAAGAAUCGGUUUUACAACAUCUCAUGAAAGUAGUAGCUCAACAACAACCAAAGUAACUCCUGUAAGGAUACUAAAUAAGGAUAAUAAUUAUAACAUAAGUAACAGAAAUAAAAAUAUGAAACGUAAAAAAAGUAAACGUAGUAUUGUCAAGAAUAGGGAUAUAAAGAAGAUUGCGAAAAAUAGAAAACGUGGCGGCGGGGGUGGACGUGGGGAUGAUACAGGCCCUGUAACAAAUAUUUAUGUAAAUAAAAAAUAUUCCUCUGACACGAGUAAGAAAAGCCCAUUGAUGGAAACUCAAUCAAGGUGUGGAAGAAGACUACUUGAUAUCGAUCGAAAACAAUCUGUUGAAGAUCGAAGAUUGCAGAGUGGAUUAGAUCAAAGUAGCUUACAUCAAGGCACAAAGGAAUCACUGAUUCAAAAGCCAAAAGAACAAUUUUCAACAGUUGUUUUAAAUAAAAAACAAGCUCUAAACGACAUCACACUUUCUGAAUCAUCUUUAAAGAAAUGUACUCGCAGAAAAAAAAUAAAAUUUUCUGAAACAAAACGAAAAGCACAACCAAAACAUUAUGGUACGAUAACACCGGAUACGAUUUGGACUGGGAGUAAAAAACUAAGAGGUUGUGUUGUGUUAGAGGAUGAAAUUAGUUGCAGCGGUUUUUUGCUAUUAGAUUCAAAAGAAAAGAAAAGAUUGGCUAGACCUUUAGAAUUUAAUAUAUAUUUUAUGCUUCACCGUGGCCAAACAGCAGUUACAAUUAAUGGCAUCAAUUAUUUACCAAAGAUAUUGGAUCAUUUUUUUGUACCUAUUGGUGCAAAAUAUGCAAUCAAGAAUCUAUCACAUGAGCAAGCUUUGUUUUCAUUUGUGAAAAUAAAACCACCUGUGAAUUCUGCCUAUGUCCAUUAA